CUUCCCUCUCCCCGCGGACCAUAAAGGGCCCCGCCGGCGGUCGGGCUGCAGACGGCUGUGCUCGGCUGAGUUUGGCGCUACCCGCAGGACCCGAGAGCGGAGAAGGAGAGACGAAUCCGAGACCCUCGCCCACCUCGCCUCAGCAGCCAUGAGGGUCCCAGCCCCGGCCCUCCUCCUCCUCCUGGCGCUCCUGCCGCUGCCCUGCUCGUGGGCCGCCCCCAGGGAAGGGAAGAGCCCCGUAGUCAUCAACUUCCCCGGGGACGCGGUCAGCCGCAUGACGGACCGGGAGCUGGCCGCCCGCUACCUCCAGCGUUACGGGUACUUGACGGCGACCAACCCCGGGGGGCAGGUGAAGCUGGAGACCCCCCUCAAGGCGAUGCAGAAGCAACUGGGCUUGCCGGAAACAGGGGAGCUGGACGCCCCCACCCUCACGGCCAUGCGGGCGCCCCGCUGCGGAGUCCCGGACAUGGGUCGCUUCCAGACGUUCCAGGGCGACCUCAAGUGGGACCACACAGACCUCACCUACCGGGUGGUCAACUAUUCCCCGGACCUGGACGGCUCCGUCAUCGAAGAUGCCUUCGCCAGAGCCUUCAAGGUGUGGAGCCAGGUGACGCCCCUCACCUUCACCCGCCAGCAGGAGGGGGAGGUGGACAUUCUCAUCCAGUUUGGAACGGGAGAGCAUGGUGACGGCUACCCUUUUGAUGGCAAGGAUGGACUUCUGGCCCACGCCUUCCCUCCUGGCAAAGACCGGUUCAGCGGGGAUGCCCAUUUUGACGAUGACGAGUUCUGGACGCUGGGCACGGGCAUUGUGGUGAAGACCUACUUUGGCAACGCCAACGGGGCUUCCUGCCGAUUCCCCUUCACCUUUGGGGGCAAAAGCUACUCCACCUGCACCACCGAAGGGAGAGAAGAUGGGCUGCCCUGGUGUGCCACCACCCCCAACUUUGACCGGGACAAGAAAUACGGCUUCUGCCCCAGCGAACUCCUCUUCACUUACGACGGGAACAGCGACGGGGAGAAGUGCGUGUUCCCCUUCGUCUUCGAGGGCAAAUCCUACCAGGGAUGCACCACCGAUGGGCGCACAGACGGCUACCGCUGGUGCGCGACCACUGCCAACUUUGACCAGGACAAGAAAUACGGCUUCUGCCCAAAUAGAGACACGGCUGUGAUUGGAGGGAACUCCCAGGGCGAGCCCUGCUCCUUCCCCUUCAAGUUCCUGGGCCAGACGUACAGCAGCUGCACCACGGAGGGACGCACCGAUGGGAAGCUCUGGUGCGCCACCACCAGAGACUACGAUGCGGACCAGAAGUGGGGUCUUUGCCCUGACCAAGGUUACAGCCUCUUCCUGGUUGCGGCACAUGAGUUCGGCCACUCACUGGGCCUGGAGCACUCCAGCAUCCGGGAAGCCCUGAUGUACCCCAUGUACACCUACCUGGCUGACUUCCAGCUGCAUUCGGACGACGUGGCCGGAAUCCAGUCUCUCUACGGUGGAGGAUCAGGCCCUCAGCCCACGGCGCCCAGCCCCCCUUCUCAGGCCCCCACUGAAGCUGAGGACUCCUCCACCGUGGAUGAUGGCUCUUCUGUGACCGAGACCCCCGCUGUGGACGGCCGGAGCAGCGCCUGCCGGGCGGAGGGCUUUGAUGGGGUGGGCGAGAUCCAGAAGGUGCUGCACUUCUUCAAGGACGGGCAAUACUGGCGAAUGUCGAGCACCGGGACCGGGCCCCUGGAGGGCCCCCUGCGGAUCCAGAGUACCUGGCCGGCCCUCCCAGAUGUCAUUGACGCGGCUUUCCAGGACCCUCUGACCAAGAAGCUCUUCUUCUUCUCGGGCCAGCGCUUCUGGGUGUCCCAGGGGCCACGGGUGGUCGGCCCUCGGAGCCUUGACAAGCUGGGCAUCGGAAGAGACGUGCGCAAGAUUGUGGGGAGCCUGACACGGAAGCAGGGGAGGGUCCUGCUCUUCAGCGGAGAUCAAUUCUGGAGGCUGGAUGUGAAAAAGGAGCAGGUGGACAAGGCGUAUCCCCGCUACAUUGACAGCCUCUUUCCUGGGGUCCCCAUUGAUGCUAACUUGGUCUUCCAGUACAAAGGGAGGUUCCACUUCUGCCGCCACCCCUUCUGCUGGCAAAUGACCCCCCGCUACCAGGUGACCCGGGUGGGGUACUUCAAGCAGGACGUCCUGAAGUGCCCGGAACAAUGAGACACAUCCCACCUGCACCCUCUGCUUCGAAAUGCCUCUGGACGCAGGGGCAUCGCUGCGCACCGUUGACCCCUCCCUGGCUGGCCAGCUGAUGGGGGCGGCCUCUCUGCUUGGUGGGCCAAACGCUGCCCUGGCUCCUCGGGCCCCCCCAGCCUCCGGAAGACUUGCCAGGAAGAGUGGGGGGAGAGUUCUCCUCAGCCGUGGUCCCCAUCCACUGAAUGGAGUGGAGAGCUCCGGCCACAAGCCCUUCCCCCGGCCUCCGUCACUUGCUCAGGAAGCAGCCAACAGAGAGAGGGGGGAGACUUCAGGGGGGGGCACUCUUUGCAGCUUUGCGACUAUUUGUGAUUGAAAGGGGGGGCUCUCAUCUGCUCCCCACUUUGCUCCCUCUUGUCCUGGAAUCCAAAGCAGCCUCUGCCUUUCUAGGAGCUGCUUCACAGGAGGGGGGGGGGAAUUUUGAUAUCUGGCUUUAACAGAAUGAGAGAGUUGGAAGGGACCUUGGAGGUCUUCUAGUCCAGCCCCCUGCUCAAAUUGCCCUGGGCUGAAAUUACUCCAAAAAUGUGGGGUAAGGAAGGUGACAGAGGAGGAGCCUUAAUUGCUUUAAAUCCGUAUGGUGUGGAGGUUUUAGGUCCUUUUGCCCAGGCGGCCAAGAAGCUUCGAUCGCUUCUGAGCAAACUCUCUGAUUCCAGACUAAAUUCAGGGCUUACUUUCCCCUUGCUUGUUGGGGGGCUGAUGCCCAACUUCUGUCCCGUCUCUCUCUCAUCUCCUCAUUUUGGGGGAGGACCUGCUGGGGUUCGCUCGGAGCAUUUUCUGGGUGGCUGUAAAUUGGGCAUCGUAUCCCUGGUCUUAUUUUUUGGAAAUAAAAGUUUUGUUUUGUUUUA